UGGUCUAGCUCUCUUCCCUCAACCCUACGCAUAGCUUUCUGUGACCUUGGAGAAACUGCUAAUGUUGUUGUCAUGUGACCAGGAGGUCACGGGUUCAAGCCUUGGAAACAUCAUCUGGCAGAACUGCAAGAUAAAGCAAAGGACACACAGGAUUAUCAAAAGGAAUGGAUCCAAUCUUGUUCAGUGCUGCGAUGAGAGGAAAUAUCAGAGAUGUCUAUUAUCAUUUGAUAAGGGAUGAAGAAUAUGGAUACCAAGUCACUCCAAAGGGUAACACGGUCCUUCAUGUCGCAGCCCUCUACGGCCACUCCCAUUUCGCGGCAGAAGUCCUUAAGAUUUCUCCGGCAAUGUUAUGCUGUCAAAACAAGAAAAAUGAAACCGCUCUUCACAUAGCAGCUAACGAAGGGCAUACUGAAGUUGUCCAUGUGCUACUUGCAUGUGUCGAAGAUCAUAAUACUAGUGAUAAACUCACAAGGAUAACAGAUGCGAGUGGAGAUACAGCCCUGCACAAGGCCGUGCGGAGCCAACAUCUAAAUGUGGUUAAGCUCUUAGUGAAAGAAGAUUCUGAAUUCGAAUUUCCACCUAAUCAUGCACAAGAGACGCCACUGUAUCUGGCGGCUGAAUCUGGUUUUCAUGAUGCUCUGAUUAACAUCUUGGAAUCCUGCAAUAAUCCAACUUAUGCUGCAGGUCCAUCUAAUAGAACGCCGCUGCAUGCAGCAGUAAUUCAGGAACAUAAAGAUUGCAUUAGAUCACUUUGGCAAUGGAAUAAGCCUUUAUGCGAGGAACCUGACUUAUGGGGUUGGAAUUCACUGCACUAUGCUGUCAAAUUAGGACUGAAAGACGUAGUUUCUGAUAUGCUGGGGUGGAAAAAAUCCUUAGUGUACCUUCCGGCAGGCAGUGAAAAUGACUGGACGACAGCAAUUCACAUUGCAGCUUGUGAAGGUGACGUAAACAUGAUAAAGAAGCUAUUAAAUCACUGUCCUGAUUGUUGCGAUACGCUUAACAGAAACAAUCAAAAUGCUCUUCAUAUUGCCGUAUUGAAAAAUCAAGACAAGGUAGUCCGCAUCUUAUUAGGCUCUGAUAAGUGCGACAGCCUUGUUGAUGAGCCAGAUAGUAACGGCAACACUCCUCUCCAUUUGCUUGCUGCCUCUGGUAACCAUGUGCCUGAAUUAAUAAACCAUCCUAGGGCAAAGAAGAUGUCAUUUAACAAAGAAAACCAGACUCCACUUGAUAUAGCAUUGUCAUGCAAGGUGACAACAAAGAAGGAGAAAUUGAUGGAGGAUUUGUCUAGCACUGGCCGAUUUGGAAAACGUGACUUUGAGGUAAAGCGGAAGUACGAGUACAUUCCCAAUCCGAAUGGUGAAACGGGAACAGGAGUCAAAAUGCAACUGAAUGAUGAAAUGGGAACAAGAGUCAAAAUGAGAUCGAGGGAAGAUGAUCACGAUAAAGCUAAAAAGGCAGAUCAAACAGUAAUCGAAAAUACUAUGAAGGUAGCUCAAAUCCAUAUUGUUGUGGCCACUUUGAUUAUGACAGUCACUUUUGCCGCUGGUAUCACAUUGCCAGGGGGUUUUGAGAGCGACCCUGAUAGCCAUAAUCAAGGGAUGGCGAUUCUGAUAAGGAAAACAGCAUUUCGUGCAUUUGUUGUUUCCGAUGCCAUUGCCUUCACAUGCUCAGCUAUUGCCAUAUUCAUCUACUUCUCCAUGGCAGAUGUAAGUAAUGUACCUCACAGUAAAAAUAUUGUAAAGAAGCUUUAUUAUCUCGCAAUUAUUUUUCAGUGCUUGUCAAUGUUAGCAGUUGUAAUUGCAUUCGCAACUGGUAUGUUCUCUACUUUAUCACAUUCACUCGGUCUUGCUGUUACUGUCUGUUUCAUAGGUUGCCUCACUAUUUUACUGUGCUUCUGGGUUUUUAUUUAUAUAAUUAGGAAAUUGUUAGAGAGACAAUGAAUGCUAGUUACUAGUAUUUAUUGCUUACAAAUAUAUAA